AUGAAGCUCGUCCGAUUCCUCAUGAAAUGCGCCAACGAGACGGUGACAAUUGAGUUGAAAAAUGGCACCAUCAUCCACGGCACAAUCUCCUCCGUCUCUCCACAGAUGAACACGGCUCUUCGCAACGUCAAGAUGACCAUCAAGGGUCAGGAGCCCAUUUCCCUCGAGACCAUGAACAUCCGAGGUUCUACAAUUCGAUACUUCAUCCUUCCCGAUUCACUACCUCUCGACACACUACUCAUCGACGACGCGCCCAAGCCCAAGAACAAGGCCCGCAAGGAGGCAGCGGACCGCGGUGCCCGAGGAGGUCGAGGCAGAGGCGGCCCCAGGGGACGUGGACGCGGCGGUGGUGGUCGUGGCCGCGGAGGACGACCUUAG